AUGGUCGCCAGGAACCUUUUCCUCGCCGCCGCCGUUCUCGGCACCGCGGCGCUCGCCGUGCCUCUCGAGGCCCGCCAGAACUGCCAGACCACCUGGGGCCAGUGCGGCGGCGCCCGUCGGCUCCGGCACCGCCACCUGGUCCGGCAACCCCUGACCGGCAUCAACAUGUGGGCCAACGCCUACUACUCCUCCGAGGUCCACACCCUCGCCAUCCCCUCCCUCACCGGCACCCUCGCCGCCAAGGCCUCCGCCGUCGCCAAGGUCCCCUCCUUCAUGUGGCUCGACACCCAGUCCAAGGUGCCCCUCAUGGAGACCACCCUCGCCGACAUCCGCAAGGCCAACCAGGCCGGCGGGAACAACGCCGGUAUCUUCGUCGUCUACGAUCUCCCCGAUCGCGACUGCGCCGCCGCCGCUUCCAACGGAGAGUUCGCCAUCGCUGAUGGUGGUGUUGCCAAGUACAAGGCGUACAUUGACUCCAUCCGCGCCAACCUCGUCAAGUACUCUGAGAUCCGCAACAUUCUCGUCAUCGAGCCCGAUUCGCUUGCCAACAUGGUCACCAACAUGAACGUCGCCAAGUGCGCCAACGCCGCCUCCACCUAUAAGGAUCUCACCGUCUACGCCCUCAAGCAGCUCAACCUUCCCAACGUCGCCAUGUACCUCGAUGCCGGCCACGCCGGCUGGUUGGGCUGGCCCGCCAACAUCGGCCCCUCCGCCGACCUCUUCGCCGAGAUCUUCAAGAACGCCGGCAGCCCCAAGGCCGUCCGCGGUCUCGUCACCAACGUCUCCAACUACAACGGCUGGAGCUUGUCUAGCGCCCCUUCGUACACCUCUCCCAACCCCAACUACGACGAGAAGCACUUCAUCGAGGCUUUCCGUCCUCUCCUCGAGGCCAAGGGUUUCCCCGCCCAGUUCCUCGUCGACACUGGUCGCAACGGUCGUCAGCCCACCCUCCAGACCGAGUGGGGUAACUGGUGCAACGUCAAGGGCAGCGGCUUCGGCAUCCGCCCCACCACCUCCACCGGCUCCAGCCUCGUCGACGCCUUCGUCUGGGUCAAGCCCGGCGGCGAGUCCGACGGCACCAGCAACACCAGCGCCGUCCGCUACGACUACCACUGCGGUCUUGACUCCGCCCACAAGCCCGCCCCCGAGGCCGGCAACUGGUUCCAGGAGUACUUUGUCGCUCUCAUCGAGAACGCCAGCCCCUCCUUCUAA